GAGAGCUGAGGGAGUCGUGCUGGCGUCAGGAUGGGCUGCGCGAUCUCUGGAUCCGGAGUGACUCCGAGAACAGCAGAGAGCAGACACACUGAGGACGAAGCUCCAGCCAGACUCACUCCGGAUCACAUCCAGCUCAUCAGAGAGUCCUGGAAAGUCAUCCAGGAGGACAUCGCCAAAGUGGGAAUAAUCAUGUUUGUCCGGUUGUUUGAAACACAUCCCGAGUGUAAAGAUGUCUUCUUCCUGUUUCGGGACGUGGAGGAUCUGGAGAGGUUACGCACCAGCAGAGAGCUCCGUGCCCACGGCCUGCGCGUGAUGUCGUUCAUCGAGAAGAGCGUGGCCAGACUCGAUCAGCUCGAGCGCUUAGAGACUCUGGCGCAGGAACUCGGCAAGAGCCACUUCCGCUACAACGCGCCGCCGAAGUACUACGGGUAUGUGGGAGCUGAGUUCAUCUGCGCUGUUCGGCCGGUUCUGAAGGACAGAUGGACUCCUGAACUGGAGCAGGCCUGGCAGACGCUGUUUCAGUAUGUGACGGCGCUCAUGAAGGAUGGGUAUCUGGAAGAAGAGCGGAGCAGACGCAGCCACACGCUGACCUCCAGCAAACAGCGACCGGACAAGAGAAACACGGCCAUUUAAUUUCUCAGCCCUGACGUGUACAUACUGUAUUUAUUUCAACGCUUCAUUUUUUACAGUACACAAGCUUCAUGUCUCUUCUGAAGAUGUUACCUGCACAAGAUCGUGAUUCCCAGUCCAAACGUCUUUGGGAUUUUCUCAUGAUGAAAUCAGUGAAUAAACGUGAUCUUUUAUUUGCAAAUCUACAACGGUGGUUUUGUUAAGGUCAAAUAUAAAAACUCCACUGUUAGACCUCAAAAACGGCCAACAGGUCAAUCAACAAAAGGGCAUCUUUCAAACAAAAUCAAUUAAA